AUGGUGGAGGUGGUAGAGAUGAUGGAAGUGGUAGAGAUGAUGGAGGUGGUAGAGAGGAUGGUGGUCGAGAUGAUGGAGGUGGUUGAGAUGGUGGAGGUGGUAGAGAGGAUGGAGGUGGUAGAGAGGAUGGAGGUGGUAGAGAUGAUGGAGGUGGUAGAGCGGAUGGAGGUGGUAGAGAUGGAGGUUGUAGAGAUGAUGGAUGUGGUGGAGGUGACGGCGAUGAUGGAGGUGAUAGAGAUGAUAGAGGUGGUGGAGGUGAUGGAGAUGGUGGAGGUGGUAGAGGUGACGGCGAUGAUGGAGGUGAUAGAGAUGAUAGAGGUAGUACAGUCGGGUGGCCCACCUGGCAUCCCUAAACCUGGCAUCCCCAAAGAUGGCAUUUCCAAACCUGGCAUCCCCAAAGAUGGCCUCCCCAAAGAUGGCAUCCCUAAACCUGGCAUCCCCAAAGAUGGCCUCCCCAAAGAUGGCAUCCCUAAACCUAGCAUCCCCAAAGAUGGCAUCCCUAAACCUGGCAUCUACAAACCUGGCAUCCCCAAAGAUGGCAUUUCCAAACCUGGCAUCCCUAAACCUGGCAUCCCCAAAGAUGGCCUCCCUAAACCUGGCAUCUCUAAACCUGGCAUCUACAAACCUGGCACCCCUAAACCUGGCAUCUCUAAACCUGGCAUCUACAAACCUGGCAUCUACAAACCUGGCAUCCCCAAAGAUGGCCUCCCCAAAGAUGGCAUCUUUAAACCUGGCAUCUCCAAACCUGGCAUCCCCAAACCUGGCAUCUACAAACCUGGCAUCUACAAACCUGGCAUCCCCAAACCUGGCAUCUCCAAACCUGGCAUCCCCAAACCUGGCAUCCCCAAAGAUGGCCUCCCCAAAGAUGGCAUCCCUAAACCUGGCAUCCCCAAAGAUGGCCUCCCCAAAGAUGGCAUCCCUAAACCUGGCAUCCCCAAAGAUGGCCUCCCCAAAGAUGGCAUCCCUAAACCUAGCAUCCCCAAAGAUGGCAUCCCUAAACCUGGCAUCUACAAAGAUGGCAUCCCCAAACCUGGCAUCCCCAAAGAUGGCCUCCCCAAAGAUGGCAUCCCUGUGUCUGGCAUGUCUGUGAUGGCCUCCCCAAAGAUGGCAUCCCUAAACCUAGCAUCCCCAAAGAUGGCAUCCCUAAACCUGGCAUCUACAAACCUGGCAUCCCCAAAGAUGGCAUUUCCAAACCUGACCCUCCCAAACACACUCAGAUCCUCUCAGACCAUCCCAGACCCUCUCAGACCCUCCCAGACCCUCCCAGACCCUCUCAGUCCCUCCCAGACCCUCCCAGACCCUCUCAGACCAACUCAGACCCUCCCAGACCCUCCCAGACCCUCUCAGUCCCUCCCAGACCCUCUCAGACCCUCUCAGACCCUCUGUCCCUCCCAGACCCUCUCAGACCCUCUCAGACUCUCUCGGACCCUCCCAGACCAACUCAGACCCACUCAGAGCCUCCCAGACCCUCUCAGACCCACUCAGAGCCUCCCAGACCCUCUCAGACCCACUCAGACCCUCUCAGACCCUCCCAGAACCUCCCAGACCCUCCCAGACCCUCUCAGACCAACUCAGAUCCUCCCAGACCCUCUCAGACCCUUCCAGAUCCUCUCAGACCCUCUCAGUUCCACUCAGACCCUCUCAGUUCCUCUCAGACCCUCUCAGUUCCUCUCAGACCCUCUCAGACCCUCUCAGACCCUCCCAGACCCUCCCAGACCCACUCAGACCCUCUCAGACCCUACCCUCUCAGACCCUCUCAGACCCUCCCAGACCCUCUCAGACCCUCUCAGACACACUCAAUCCUCCCAGACCCACUCAGACCCUCUCAGACCCACUCAGACCCUCUCAGACCCUCCCAGACCCUGUAAGACCCACUCAGAUCCUCCCAGACCCACUCAGACCCUCUCAGACCCUACCCACUCAGACCCUCUCAGACACUGUAAGUCCCACUCAGAUCCUCCCAGACACACUCAGUUCCACUCAGACCCUCUCAGACCCACUCAGACCCUCUCAGACCUACUCAGACCCUCCCAGACCCUCUCAGACCCACUCAGACCCUCUCAGACCAACUCAGACCCUCUCAGACACACUCAGUUCCACUCAGACCAUCUCAGACCCUCUCAGACCCUCUCAGACCCACUCAGACCCUCUCAGACCCACUCAGACCCUCUCAGACACACUCAACCCACUCAGACCCUCUCAGACCCUCUCAGACCCUCCCAGACCCUCUCAGACCCUCUCAGACACACUCAGUUCCUCUCAGACCCUCUCAGAUCCUCUCAGACCCAGACCCUCUCAGACCCCAGACCCACUCAGACCCUCUCCCCUCCCAGACCCUGUAAGACCCACUCAGAUCCUCCCAGACCCACUCAGAACCUCUCAGACCCACUCAGACCCUCUCAGACCCUCCCAGACCCUGUAAGACCCACUCAGAUCCUCCCAGACCCACUCAGACCCUCUCAGACCCUGUAA